AGUCGGUGUCUGGCUCUAGCGACGAGAGGUUUUCUUACUUUCUUUUUCGACGGUAUAAAGUCGAUGUAUGUAACAUGUGAUUGCGAGCACAAAUUUAAUUUGUAAACCGAAACGCUGUGACAAAAUUAUUAUUUUUUUUAAUGAAUUGCAUUUACCAAAAGGGUGGAAAAUUUAAUUUUUUGCAACAGAAUGUUUGAUGUUGUUGAUGAGUGACCAUUAACUAAAAUUCUAAAAUUGAAUCAUGAGUGACGAAGAGGAUGCUAGUCAAGAGCUGCUAGACCAAUUGAAAAAAAUUGACGGAGAAUGCGAACAAGAUAGUUUAAAGGAUCGGUUCUCCAAGACCUGUAAAUCGUUAAAACUCAAAGGUGCUUUAGGUCAUAUCGGAUUACUGUUAUCAUUAUCAAUCUACUGUGGUGUUGGUGGAUGUAUUUUUCAACAAUUGGAACGGCCACACGAAGAAAAUCUCACUGAGUCGCUUCAAAACGAAGUCAAAUUAAAACGAAAUCAAUUCAUAUUAUCCAUUACGAAUAGCACCGACAUAUUUCUAUUAGAUAAUUUAGAUGAAUACGUUUCCACUGAGCUGCAAAAGUACGAAGAGGUUUCACAGCGUGCUGUCGAAGGUGGUCUAAAACUAUCCUUAGCAGAGAACUUUACUGUGAAAUUUAAGAAAUGGAGCUUUGCCCAGGCCAUCUUUUUUUCUUCGACAGUGUUAACCACAAUAGGCUAUGGUAACAUUGUCCCAGUAACACCCGGUGGUCGAACAUUUUGCAUGUUUUUCGCUCUAAUUGGUAUUCCAUUAACGUUGACUGUAAUAGCAGAUUUAGGCCGUAUAUUCGCAACGGCUGUAUCAACGCUGGGCAAAAAUAUGCCAUCAUUAACAAGAUGCUGUCGAGCACAGUCACCGUCUUCCAUUAUAUCCGAUCGAAAGUGGUUGUAUGCAUUGGCCGCUGUUUUGUUUCUUCUAUUGUAUUUGGCAGUAGGUGCUGGAUUAUUGCUGGUAUUUGAGGAAAGCUGGACCUUUGCCGAUGGAUACUAUUUUUGUUUUAUUACGAUGACGACAAUAGGUUUCGGAGAUCUAGUACCACAAAAACCAGAGUACAUGCUAUGGUGUACAUUGUACAUCCUGGUCGGACUCGCUUUAACAUCUACAAUCAUUGAAUUGGUUCGUCGUCAAUAUGCACAAAGUUGGCAAAAGCUUCAAGCUAUGACUGGACCAUUUGCCGACACAUUACGACGAAUGCAGCUUAGUGGUGGCGGUAUUGAUGUUGGUGCCUUACAGAAUGAUUUGAGACGAGUUUUAACGGUCUCGAUGCCACAUCGUCGGAACGGAACAUCGUCGAGGGAUAAGAAGCAACAUGAACAAGAAAUUGCAGCACUGGCCGCACUAACGAAUGCAUUUUUACAAGAAGUGAAAGAGGCAGCCAUAACGAAAGAACCACCCAAAGUGAUGCAAAUUAUUAUUUACGAAUCAUCGGUGUAGGGGAUGAUGUGAUAAUGCAUUUUCAUUGAAUUUGACUUAAUUAACACGAAUCAUCUGCGAGAAAUGUUCUAAUGUUUAGUCGUAAAGUUCAAAUGUUUAGGAAAAUUUAAUAUUUUUUAAGUCAACGAUAAAUUUAGGGAAGCAAAAAUCAGUCGUAGGAAGCCUCUGACGCUAUGUACAAAUGAAUGUAAGCGGAGGCAACGUCCAGUCUGUGAGGUGAGGUCAUAGGAGAAACGACACGAGUAUUAACCUUUUACAAAGGCGACCGUUUGACGAUAUAAUCAGAUUCUUUUGUUUAAAGCUGAUCUACCAAGACUACCAUUUAGAGAAAGUCGGCGAAAGUGUUCAUUCAUUUUGUAGAUCUAAAAGUUCGAAGACAAGCAAAGUUAGUCAAAAAAAUUGCUACUUUUUACAAUGUCCAAGACCAAAUGAUCUUUGAUCUGGAUUCCUGCUUCUCUAGUCUAACCUAAUCUAGGCCAAGACAAAAAACUUCUGGUGUUCUAAAUUUGAGAUUCUACCUUCAACUCGAAAAACAUGACAGGUAAACAAGUGAUACCAAUAUAUUGCUUGACUCAUUAUCAGGUCGACUUGAUCGAGUUUUGGAUUAUCUGGACCUGAUCUUCACCAUCAUCCGAAUUCAAUGGUACUGCCUGAACUGAAUGAACCCGAAAUUUAUGGCGCCAAUCUUAUUCUGGGUGUGUAUUCUAGAUACCUGGGGAUAUCGUCACCCAGAUAUAGUCAAAAUAGAAAGAAAUUUUGGUACAGGACUUCACAGUAAUGAAUAAAAAUGUACAAGAUCAGGUUAAUUCAAGGUAGUGACAUGUGUUCUACACCAUAGGGUUCGACUACCAGGAGUAAUUCUGAGCGACUAACAAAAUAACCAACAAUUAUUAGUAGGACUCUUUCGCUUGACUGAUACAGACACUCAUCUCCGUACGGAAUAUCAUAAUUCGGCUAUACGUAAUUUCAUUAUACGACGAUCUUACCGUGUAACGAUAAAGCGCGGACGGGACGGGUACAGUAGAUAUCUGGUUUGAGACGGUUACAAAGCUGGAGAAUCAAAUUUUUGGUAACCGUCCGCUGCGACUUUAAUAUUAAGUAAGCAUCGUUUCUGAAUGUUUAGGAUUUUUUUUCUUUUUUCUAGGAUCUUAACCGGCAUCACUCUUAUUUUGUAAAAAUGUGAGGGAACGAAAUAAAUAAUUUUUCAAAC